AUGACAGAAAAGAUGGAAAGACACAGCUUCAAGGUAUUCAACCAGGACUUCACUGUUGAUAAACGAUUCCAACUUAUUAAGGAGAUCGGUCAUGGUGCAUACGGUAUUGUUUGUUCCGCACGUUUUGCAGAAGCUGUAGAAGACACCACGGUGGCCAUUAAGAAGGUGACUAAUGUGUUCUCUAAAUCUCUGCUAUGUAAAAGAUCUUUACGUGAAUUGAAGCUGUUGAGACAUUUCAGAGGCCAUAAGAACAUUACAUGUCUUUACGAUAUGGAUAUUGUAUUCUACCCUGAUGGGACAUUUAAUGGUCUUUAUUUAUAUGAAGAACUUAUGGAAUGUGACAUGCAUCAAAUUAUUAAAUCUAGUCAACCAUUGACAGAUGCACAUUAUCAAAGUUUUAUUUAUCAAAUCCUUUGUGGUUUGAAAUAUAUCCAUUCUGCAGAUGUGUUACAUCGUGAUUUGAAACCAGGAAAUUUGUUGGUUAAUGCAGACUGUCAGUUGAAAAUUUGUGAUUUUGGUCUUGCUAGAGGGUAUUCUGAAAAUCCAGUGGAGAAUAAUCAAUUUCUCACGGAAUAUGUGGCAACCAGAUGGUACCGUGCUCCGGAAAUCAUGUUAAGUUACCAAGGAUAUACUAAGGCUAUUGAUAUAUGGUCUACUGGUUGUAUUUUAGCAGAAUUCUUAGGUGGUAAGCCAAUAUUUAAAGGUAAGGAUUAUGUGGAUCAAUUGACCCGAAUAUUACAAGUUCUUGGUACACCACCAGAUGAAACUUUAAGAAGAAUCGGUUCUAAAAAUGUUCAAGACUAUAUCCAUCAAUUAGGAUAUAUUCCUAAGGUUCCAUUUGUAAACCUCUAUCCAGAUGCAAAUCCACAAGCACUUGAUUUACUAGAGAAAAUGCUUGCAUUUGAUCCACAAAAGAGAAUUACAACUGAUGAAGCCUUAGAACACCCAUAUUUAUCAAUAUGGCAUGAUCCAUCAGAUGAACCUGUAUGUAGUGAGAAGUUUGAAUUCAGUUUUGAAGCUGUUAACGAUAUGGAUGAACUGAAAAAAAUGGUUAUUGAAGAAGUACGUGAUUUCAGAAAAUUUGUAAGACAACCUCUUCUUGAAGAACAGAAACAGAAACAACAACAACAACAGCAGCAGCAACAACAACAACAACAACAGCAGGAAAUAUCUCAUAAUAGUUCCAUGGAAGGAACAAUGGAAGAGAAUGAUUUUUCAAAUCAAAUGGGGUUCCAAUCUCCUAAUGUUGUUGGUAUUGAUUCUCAAGGCUUACCCAAGCAUGAUACAGAUUUUCCACCAAGACCACAAGAAAAUUUAUUAGCGUCACCUGCAGCCUUGAAAUCUAAUUCUGAUCCUUCGCAAAUGGCUACCAAUGAUAAUGAUGACUUUUUCGAUUUAGAGAAGGAAUUGGAAUUUGGACUAGAUAGAAAAUAUUUAUAA